ACUGCGUUUCCUACGGCGCCCUGCGCCACGCCCACCUUCACAUCUCAGGAAAGAUUCCCAGGAGUCUCUGGGUGCAGAACUCCGCCCCUGCCGCUAGGGGCGGGGCGACGUUGGGUUCCGGGUUUGCUAGCUUACGCACUUCCUCCUGGGCUCGGAGGCCUAAUCACCGCGUGGCGGGUUCGAGUCCUGCCUACUGACUCUGGCCUCCAGCCCUUAAGUCCAGGGCGGGGUGCAUUCGCCGGGUAAAGCCUCUCCUCUAGCAGGGGCGGCCGCAUAGCUGGGGCUUCACCAUGGAGGACUACCUGCAGGGUUGUCGAACUGCGCUGCAGGAGUCCCGACCUCUACGUGUUGUGCUAGGAAAUGAAGCCUGCGACUUGGACUCCAUGGUGUCUGCUCUUGCCCUGGCUUUUUACCUAGCAAAGACAACUGAGGCAGAGGAAGUCUUUGUGCCAGUUUUAAACAUAAAACGUUCUGAGCUAUUUCUACGGGGUGACAACGUCUUCUUCCUUCAGAAGGUUAACAUUCCAGAGGCCAUCUUGAUUUUUCGGGAUGAGAUUGACCUCCAUGCAUUGCACCAGGCUGGCCGACUCACCCUCAUACUUGUUGACCAUCAUAUCUUACCCAAAAGUGAUGCCGCCCUGGAGGAGGCAGUGGCAGAGGUGCUAGACCAUCGACCCAUAGAGCAGAAGCACUGCCCUUCCUGCCAUGUUUCAGUGGAGUUGGUGGGGUCCUGCGCUACCCUAGUGACUGAGAGAAUCCUGCAGGGGGCGCCAGAGAUCUUGGACAGGCAAACCGCAGCUCUUCUGCAUGGAACCAUCAUUUUGGACUGUGUCAAUAUGGAUCUUAAAAUUGGGAAAGCAACCUUAAAGGACAGCCAAUAUGUGGAGAAACUAGAGGCCCUCUUCCCAGAUCUGCCUGAGAGAAAUGACAUCUUUGAUUCCCUACAAAAGGCAAAGUUUAAUGUAUCAGGACUGACCACUGAGCAGAUGCUGAGAAAAGACCAGAAGACCAUCUAUAAACAAGGCAUCAAGAUGGCCAUCAGUGCCAUAUAUAUGGAUUUAGAGGCCUUUCUGCAGAGGUCUGGCCUCCUUGCAGAUCUCCAUGCUUUCUGCCAGGCUCACAGCUAUGAUGUCCUGGUCACCAUGACUAUCUUUUUCAACACUCACAAUGAGCCGGUGCGGCAGUUGGCUAUUUUCUGUCCCCAUCUGGCACUCCGAAUGACGAUCUGUGAAAUCCUGGAACGCUCCCUCUCUCCAUCUCUGAAGCUGACUCCUGCCUCAAGCACCCACCCUAACCUCCAAGCCUAUCUUCAAGGCAACACCCAGGUCUCUCGAAAAAAACUUCUGCCUCUGCUCCAGGAAGCCCUGUCAGUAUAUUUUGACUCCACAAAGACCCCUUCAGGGCAACCUGAGACAGUGGUUGUGUCCCGGGAGCAGGUGGACAAGGAAUUCGACAGGGCAAAUAACUCCUUGAUUCCUGGACUGAGUCAAGACGAGGAGGACCCUCCACUGCCCCCCACACCUAUGAACAGCUUGGUGGAUGAGUGCCCUCUGGAUCACGGACUGCCUAAACUCUCCGCGGAGGCUGUCUUUGAGAAGUGCAAUCAGAUUUCACAGUCAGAGUCUGUCACUGCCUCCCUGGCAAAGAAGUGACUGUGAGGAGGAUAGGGGAUGGUGGGUGAGGUUAUGUGACCCACCUCAAAUGCAUGUUUUGAGAUGUGUGGAGAUUCACCAAUUCUGUCUUCAUUGUUCCAGAAUCUGUAAUCUGUUCCUGUAAAACUGGGAAGAGAAAGAAGUGAAAGAAAGCAGCUGCUAAGAAUGGCUUUCUACCUUUUCCCCCAAUCUCUACCAAUCAGACAGAUACUAUUACUUACAUCUGCACUGACUUCUCUCUAUUUCAUUUGCCAGGAGCACAAUAUGAUACACCCACACUCCCAGCAGAGGGGGACAAAAAGAAUGUAGACCCCAAAAGUGCUCUCAGUAAGGAUGUUGAACAGAACCAGUAUCUGUCAUGAAACUAAACAUUUAUUGAUUGUCCCCAUGUAGUCGUUUAUUUAAGUAUUUAUUGAAUACCUGCUUCAAGCAAGGUAGAAAAGAGAAUAUGUUUUGGAAAUUCUUAUUCCAGUUUUUAGCCUUUAGCAGAUUACCAGCUCCAUGACUGUUCUUUGUGCCACCGUUUAGGUGACAAAUUUGAUUCACAGAUAGAUGAAUUUCUAUUCUGAGCUUACUGUGACUGUGGCAGGUCCUGUUUGGGAGCAGAUUGGAGACCAUUGUCUUCUAUCCUGAUCAAGUGGCCUGGCUCUCUGUUCCUUUAGACCCCUCUGUCUCAGAAACAGGAACCUUAAAGAGACCCUGAAGACCUGAUUUUUUUCUUGAGACAGAGUUUCACUUUUGUCACCCUCGGUAGAAAGAUUUUUUUUUAUUUGGCCGGGGCUGGGUUUGAACCCGCCACCUCCGGCAUAUGGGACCAGCGCCCUACUCCUUGAGCCACAGGGGCCGCACAGAAUGAUUUUUUUUUUUAAGAGAUGAGGGUCUUGCUCUUGCUCAGGCUGGUCUCGAACCUGCGAGCUCAAGGCCUUGGCCACCUGCCUUGGCCUCCCAGGGCUAGGAUUAGAGGUGUAAGGCACCGCACCCAGCCAAGACCCCUGAUUCUUAAGACUUCAGGUGGCACCAAGAAAGGCCUUAAGACCUCAGGUGCUCUCCCCAAAGACGGCAGACCUGGAAAGAGUCCUGGGUCUGUCCCCUGCCUUAGCAGGUCUAUCAAUUUCUUUUUUUUGUUUGGAGAUAAGAGUCUCACUUUGUCACCCUGGUAGAGUGCUGUGGCAUCACAGCUCACAGCAACCUCAAACUCUUGGGCUAAAGCAGUUCUCUUGCUUCAGCCUCCCAUGUAGCUGGAACUACAGCCACCAGCCACAACGCCCAGAUAUUUUUAGAGACAAGGUCUCACUCUUGUUCAGGCUCAUCUUGAACCUGUUGAGCUCAGGCAAUCCAUCUGCCUUGGCAUCCCAGAGUGCUAGGAUUACAGGUGUGAGCCACCGUGCCCAGCCAGGUCUAUCAAUUUCUUGUCCAUUGCUUUCUCUUCUUGAUCAUAUUAAAAGGAAGCAUGGAGUUCUAAUACUGCUACAAAUGGUUUUUUUGGUAAGGCACAUCAGUAUUCUAGGUCUCACUUCACCUAUCUGUGAAACAGGGUUUACACUUAGGUGUGGCCUGGAAUUCUGUGAUUUUCCUCUUGCUGCCAUUCUUUCUCUUCUAUGCUCCUCUGUAUUUUUCUUCUGUUUUCCCUGGGAAUGUUCAGGGUCGCUGGAUUGUCUGUAUUUAUGUGUGAUUGUACCUAGGGACUCAGCCUCAUGUAGCAUGUAUAGGGGUGUGAUUAGAGGGGUGUGGUUCACACUGUAGUGGCUCAGCAGAGAGCUCCCUCCAAGGGUUUUGCAUGUAGAGUCUCCCUUUUUUCUUUACAUAAACCUAUUCCCCUUGUCUUACCCCACAGCUUGAUUUCCAUGUAAGUUGCUGACAAUUUCACUGAUGACUGGGGUACGUGGUGACUUUGGCAUGCUACCUUCCAGUAUGAGGGGCACAGUCUGACUUCACUUUGAGGAUAUGUCUGUAGCCAUUUGGAAGGUGAAAAUAGCCAUUUGUGAUCGCUGAACCAAAGGAAUUUAUGUUUUGUAACUUGGGUACUUUAUUGUGCAUUUUGUUGAAGUAUUAAAUACUUUUUUUCCUCUUUGGAAUCUUGCUGUCUCUUUUCGACAACUACAGGGUCUUCCCAAAGUUACCUCUAAAGUUGCCAUACGUAGAGAAAUGGGAAAUUGUAGCUAACUGUACCUUUAUUUACAAAAUAUUCAUUACAAAAUUUUACAAAAUAUUCUGUAUGUGUUAGCUACCUUUUUGUAUAAUCAAGCCUUUUGAGCUUAAAGAUUCAUCUCCCUUCUUCCUACACUACCUAAUGUCUUCCUCCUCGCAACUAUUUUUGGGAAUAGGAGCAACAGGCUGUAUCUCCCCUCAUCUUCAGCCUUUCCUCUAGUUUAUUUCUUCUUCCAGAACCUUCCACAUACAUCUGUCUCCCCAGUUUUGCUUAUGUUGAAAAGUAAAAUAAUCUUACAACCAAAAUGGUUUCUACUAUUGCUUUUUUUUUUUUUUUUAAGAGAGACCAGCUUUCG